GAUCACUGACCCACUGAGGAAGGAGAAGAACCAAGUAUGAGUCAGAAGAGAUCGCUUCUCUCAGUCAGUCCAAAAUGCCUUGUAAACUGCUAAAUCUAUGUGAGUAUGAAACACAUAAACUGGUCCGAAUACAAAGUGUAAGGCUCGGAUCGCUGAAAUGGACAUUUAACGGAGUCAUACUGAUGUUCAUCUGGUGAGUAGGCUAUUCUGCAGAAGGAUUUAGCUUGCGGUAAUAACGGUAAUAGACGACGAACGCCCACGCGCCUUGACUGAUCAAGAAUGUGUGCAUGAAAAUAAAGUAUGAAUGUUUUAUAUAAUGAUUUCAUUGUAAAAUAAUUAUGUAUUACAUGCAUCAAUUGUAUUUACUAUUUAUUUUAAAUUGUUUACCAUCCAUCCACUUGUAGCCUUACCAAUAGUAUUUUAAAACGAUCAGGGAUAUAUAUAUAUAUUUAAAAAAAAGUAGGCUAACUUACUCCAAUUUGCAACAUACCAUGAUCAAAUAUUGUUUUAUAUUGUAGCAUUAUGAUGCUCUGGAACAAGGAGUACCAAGAACAUGACUAUGUGGUCAGCUCUGUUACUGCUAAGGUCAAGGGAGUGGCCUUGACCAGUUUACCAGAUGUUGGUGCUAUAGUAUGGGACGUUGUGGAUUACAGUGGACCAUCACAGGUGUGUGUGUGUGUGUGUGUGUGUGUGUGUGUGUGUGUGUGUGUGUGUGUGUGUUAUGUGUGUGAGAGAGAGUGAGAGAAUAUUCUUGUUUUAUUGUUGUAUAUUAUACACAUAUUACAUUUGUGAUAUACAUGCACAUAUUUUUACAUUGGUUCUGACUUUCUAUACAUUUGUUUGACUUUCUGUUUAAGGGAAAGAAUUCAUUUUUUGUGGUGACCAAUGUCAUUGUUACAAAAGAACAAAGGCAAGGAAAAUGCCCUGAGGUAGAGUGCCAGUAGGAAGUCCCUCUCCAAUUCCUCUACAUUCUAAUGUCUUAUAUAAUUUAUAUUAACCAGACUAUUUGAUGACUAGAACCCACUAAUCUCCUAGGAGUGUUUAUAUUACAGGUCCCUCCUUAUGGAAAAGUGUGUCAGACAGACAAGGACUGUGCAAAGGGGUUCUGGGAUCAGCACAGUCACGGUACAACUACAACUGUCUAGAACUUCUCCCAUGAUCCUUCUCCUCUGUUUGUGUAAUCUCUAUCUGGUGAUACCAUUAGUUCUUGCAUGGAUGGGAGGAAUUUGUCCCUGAUGUGUUGAGGUUUCAGACGGUCAGCUCUGCUCUGGGUUCUUUACUAUAGGCAGAUACAUUAUUGUUAUAUACGUUUAUACAGUAGUAGUAAACAUGUAGACACAUGAUAAUAGAACAUCUAAGAUAAUAGUUAGUAUUUUUUGUCAUGUGAACCAUACAAUAAUUCAAAUGUUGCUUUCCUCAUUAGGGGUUCAGACAGGUGCAUGUGUGAAGUUUGAUGUGACACGAAAAACAUGUGAGGUGUCUGCAUGGUGCCCCAUAGAGACCAAGAAAAAGCCCCCCAAGUAAAUAUGCUCACUAUUAUUGUUUUCUCAGCAUCAGUUUUAUGUGAUUUUAUUUUAUUGCAUUUAUGUGUGUCUGUCCUCUUUCUCUCAUCAAAUUCAUUGUGAUUUGAUUUGUGGUCUCUUCAGAGGUUAGUUACUCAGUAAAUAAUGUUAUCUUCUCUUCUACAUAGACCACUGUCCGACAGCUAUAUUUAUACUUCAGUUCCUCUAAUGUGGAGGAAGUUCACUUUGUUAGUGCUGCAUGUGUAUAUAGAGUCAAAUAUGCCAAGGAACAUUGUUUCACAGUAGUUUCACAGAAACUUUGAAGUGAAAAUGAAACCGUCUGCUGUAAAAAAUUAUUGUUUUCACAACUAUGCUUCAAUAAUGCAAUUGAUGACUGCUCUGACAUCUAGGCCUGCUCUCUUGGCAUCAGCUGAGAACUUUACAGUCCUCAUCAAAAACAACGUCAGAUUCCCAAACUUUAACUUCAUGAGGUGAGACAGUCCAAUUCAAUAUCAAUUAAUUUCACUUUUUUGUUUGCACACCACAGUUCUCAAGUAUAUUAUAUUCAGAGUAACCUUUACCACCUUUACAGAUGUAGGAUCUUAAUUUGAACACCCAGUUGCAGGAUAACUUUCCUGCAAUGCAGGACAUUUAAAACGUGUAGUGUAUUUGAGGUUUAAACAUUUUAAAGGCUUCAGACGUUUGUAAUUUCCACUUUGACAUUUCAGACUUGAUUUUCCAUAAGGAAAACCCCUACAAAAAUGGCCAUUAAUUAUAAUCCAUAUAAUAAUUCAAAUUUCCUCUUGCUGCAGGAUUACAGUGGGGAAAAAAGUAUUUAGUCAGCCACCAAUUGUGCAAGUUCUCCCACUUAAAAAUAUGAGAGAGGCCUGUAAUUUUCAUCAUAGGUACACGUCAACUAUGACAGACAAAAUGAGAAAAAAAAAUCCAGAAAAUAGGAUGUAGGAUUUUUAAUGAAUUUAUUUGCAAAUUAUGGUGGAAAAUAAGUAUUUGGUCAAUAACAAAAGUUUCUCAAUACUUUGUUAUAUAUACCCUUUGUUGGCAAUGACACAGGUCAAACGUUUUCUAUAAGUCUUCACAAGGUUUUCACACACUGUUGCUGGUAUUUUGGCCCAUUCCCCCAUGCAGAUCUCCUCUAGAGCAGUGAUGUUUUGGGGCUGUCGCUGGGCAACACGGACUUUCAACUCCCUCCAAAGAUUUUCUAUCGGGUUGAGAUCUGGAGACUGGCUAGGCCACUCCAGGACCUUGAAAUGCUUCUUACGAAGCCACUCCUUCGUUGCCCGGGCGGUGUGUUUGGGAUCAUUGUCAUGCUGAAAGACCCAGCCACGUUUCAUCUUCAAUGCCCUUGCUGAUGGAAGGAGGUUUUCACUCAAAAUCUCACGAUACAUGGCCCCAUUCAUUCUUUCCUUUACACGGAUCAGUCGUCCUGGUCCCUUUGCAGAAAAACAGCCCCAAAGCAUGAUGUUUCCACCCCCAUGCUUCACAGUAGGUAUGGUGUUCUUUGGAUGCAACUCAGCAUUCUUUGUCCUCCAAACACGAGUUGAGUUUUUACCAAAAAGUUACAUUUUGGUUUCAUCUGACCAUAUGACAUUCUCCCAAUCCUCUUCUGGAUCAUCCAAAUGCACUCUAGCAAACUUCAGACGGGCCUGGACAUGUACUGGCUUAAGCAGGGGGACACGUCUGGCACUGCAGGAUUUGAGUCCCUGGCGGCGUAGUGUGUUACUGAUGGUAGGCUUUGUUACUUUGGUCCCAGCUCUCUGCAGGUCAUUCACUAGGUCCCCCCGUGUGGUUCUGGGAUUUUUGCUCACCGUUCUUGUGAUCAUUUUGACCCCACGAGGUGAGAUCUUGCGUGGAGCCCCAGAUCGAGGGAGAUUAUCAGUGGUCUUGUAUGUCUUCCAUUUCCUAAUAAUUGCUCCCACAGUUGAUUUCUUCAAACCAAGCUGCUUACCUAUUGCAGAUUCAGUCUUCCCAGCCUGGUGCAGGUCUACAAUUUUGUUUCUGGUGUCCUUUGACAGCUCUUUGGUCUUGGCCAUAGUGGAGUUUGGAGUGUGACUGUUUGAGGUUGUGGACAGGUGUCUUUUAUACUGAUAACAAGUUCAAACAGGUGCCAUUAAUACAGGUAACGAGUGGAGGACAGAGGAGCCUUUUAAAGAAGAAGUUACAGGUCUGUGUGAGCCAGAAAUCUUGCUUGUUUGUAGGUGACCAAAUACUUAUUUUCCACCAUAAUUUGCAAAUAAAUUCAUAAAAAAUCCUACAAUGUGAUUUUCUGGAUUUUUAUUUCUCAAUUUGUCUGUCAUAGUUGACGUGUACCUAUGAUGAAAAUUACAGGCCUCUCUCAUAUUUUUCAGUGGGAGAACUUGCACAAUUGGUGGCUGACUAAAUACUUUUUUUCCCCACUGUAUUUUCCUGCUGUAGCAAACUGGCUCAAAUUAAGAUCUUACAUCUGUCAUAAUCAUAUGGAAAACAAGCACAUUCUUCAAUUCAGUGAAAGUGGAUCUAACUGAUGCGUUUUUGUCUUACAGAAGGAACAUCCUCCCUGAGAUGACGGAAAGCUACCUGAAGCGCUGCCAGUUUAACAGGCAUACAGACCCCUCAUGCCCCAUCUUCCGUCUGGGGGACAUUGUACAAGAGGCCAGAGAAAACUUCUCAGAGAUGGCAGUUGAGGUGGGCUGCUCUGUUAGAGGGAGUUUCUCAAACAACCACAAACUUUCACAUAAACUAACUCUAUGACCCUCAAUUAUGGAUGUCACUCACUGUUGUCUGCAUCAAUUUUGGCACUGCACAUACUGGCAUUUCAUAACGUUGGACAUAUUUGAUUACUUAAUGAUCUACAGAAUUAUGGUCUGGAUUCAAUCCGUACCUGCGUAAAAAUGUUAAGGUAAUUUCCGAUUGAGCCGACAUUUUUGACAUUUUAGUCAUUUAGCAGACGCUCUUAUCCAGAGCGAUUUACAAUUAGUGAGUGCAUACGUUUUUCAAACUGGCCCCCCUGUGGGAAUCGAACCCACAACCCUUGCGUUGCAAGCGCCAUGCUCUACCAACUGAGCUACAGGAGGGCCAAUGCGCAGCGUUUACCGUGACUGCAGUCUCCACAAACGCGGGAACAUUGCCUUUAAAUUUAAAUCGAGAUAUAACGCGGCUGUUCCGCGAUACUUCGGCGAUACGGAUUGAAUCUAGCCCUAAAUCACCUUAAUUACGUCAGAUUACAUGAUUGUCAGGUUGAUGUAAAACAAGUUGAGUAGAUCGUCUCCACCAUGCUCUCUCACCAAAGGGUGGGGUCAUUGGGAUCCAAAUCAAGUGGGAUUGUAACCUGGACGGGUUCUUGCGGAACUGUCUGCCCAAAUACUCCUUCCGCCGGCUGGAUGAGAAGGAGAGCAAUAGAACACUGUACCCUGGUCUCAACUUCAGGUAAAUGUGACAGGCCUUGUUCUUGAGGCCAGUGGUCAUGUCAUAGGUCAUACAUGGUCAGCUGACCCAUGUCAAAUUAUGGAAAGCUGUCAAUCAAUAGUGCUAUAGACAUUUGUAAUUUUAUAUAUCAGUGCAAUCCAGAUAUUACAUUGUUUAACCUACUACUUGUGUUGGCAGGUUUGCCAGAUAUCAGAUAGAGAAAGGUGUUGAGGAGAGAACCCUGUUUAAAGCAUUUGGGAUCAGGUUUGAUGUCAUGGUGUUUGGAAAGGUUUGUAUGACUCAGUAAGUCUCAUAAUUUAAACCUCCAAUAAUAAUGAUGGUAAUCUUGUGAAUGUGCAUUUUUUAUUUUAAAUAUAUUUUACCCCCUUUUUCGUUGCAAUUCCCCAAUGGGCUCGGGUGGCGAAGGUCAAGUCAUGCAUCCUCCGAAACAUGACCCACCAAACCGCACUUCUUAACACCCUCCCGCUUAACCGGGAAGCCAGCCGCACCAAUGUGUAGGAGGAAACACAGUUCAACUGACGACCGAGGUCAGCCUGCAGGCGCCCGGCCCACCACAUGGAGUCGCUAGAGCGCGAUGAGCCAAGUAAAGCCCCCCCGGCCAAACCCUCCCCUAACCCGGACGACGCUGGCCCAAUUGUGAUACAGCCCGGAAUCUAACCCGGGUCUGUAGUGACGUCUCUAGCACUGCAAUGCAGUGCCUUAGACCGUUGCGCCACUCGGGAGGCUGCAUUUAUUAUUCUAAUUAAUGAAAAUCAGAAAAAUACAAAUGGUAAUUUAUAUCAUGAAUGUUCUUUUAAGGCAGGAAAAUUCAGCAUAAUCCAACUGAUCAUCUUUAUUGGAUCAACUCUAUCAUAUUAUGCACUGGUGAGUGUUAUUCAGCUAUUUUUAUCCAACUUGUUUCAAAUGCAAAACUAAUAACAGGCAAAGUAAAGGACAAUGAUUGUGAUUUUUCAUAGACCACUGUAUUCAUCGACUGGCUCAUUGGGACCAGCUGUUACUCUAAAGAAGCCAGACAGAACUACUCAGAGAAGAAGGUUGAAUCUGUUCAGGACAGACAGCAGGUAGGAGUGGGAUGGCAUUCCCCACUGAGGAUUAUACAAACCCACAGCAAGAUUUUCAUUAUCAUUGGCUGAAUUGUUUGAGGUAAAUAUGUGGUGAGACGCUGAACAAUGAGACUAUUCUUCUUCUAUGUUCCAGUGCAUUCUCUGUGUCUCGUUUGUGGACGAGAACCAUAUAAGAGUGGUGAAAAGAUCACAUAAGAAAAGUUUACAACAAGUGAAGCCCAUCUCCAUUCACCCAUGCAAGGUUAGCAUAACUGUGUUUUCCCCAAUGCAGUGCCAUUCUCACCCCGAUACAACAGAUACUCUAAAGAUGUCACUUUUAAGCUCACUUUGUUAUCCUCCUCGUCUUUUAUACAGUAAGUCAGUAUGGUAAUACAUGCAUAUUGUAUCAGUGCAUAUGACUAAUUUGAUAUGUAUUGCACACUUGUUGCCAGGAUGACACAGGGCACCUAAGUGCCAUGGUUGGUGUAUUGCAGAAAGGGAACAUCGUAGACAAGCAGCCCCAGGUUCUCCCCCGGCCCAACCGUCCAGCCUGGUGUCUGUGUGGCUGCUGUCUUCCUUCCACCCAUCCCCAGGAGCAGCUGUGCUGCAGACAGAGCAGUGGUCGCUGCAUCACCACCUCCUCCCUGUUUGAACAGCUGGUGCUGAGUCGGCCCUUGUUGGAUAUAGUGCUGCUGUACAGGGAGCCUCUCUCUGACCUGACCGAGGGGGAGCAGCGGAUCGCCGCCCUUCGCCACUGCGCCUACAGACAGUACAUCAGCUGGAGAUUCGGGGCCCCACUCAGAGAAAGCAUCCCUGUCAUGCCCAGUUGUAGUUUGUGGAGAAUCAGAGAAGAGUACCCCAGCCAAGAUGGAGAGUACACUGGUCUGAGGCCCAGGAGAACUACCUCUCACCAGUCCGGCCCUAACACACAGCUUUAGGGAAGAGGAAGAGUCAGUGUUAUAGAAAGCUCCAUCAGAGAUUGGUCCUCAUAAUGUAGCGACUGUACAACGCAUUUGAACUGGUGUAUUGAUCUAAUCUUCCAUUCAGCAUUAAGGUUAACAUUUUCAACCGGAACAUUAUCUUCGCCUGUAGAUAUUGUGUCCAUCCAUCCCACUGUGUAGGGACCAUCAAUAAUGAAGAGGGAAAUAACGUAAUAGACUUUAUCUUAGCUGACACUGAACAGGAGCUAACUGGAUGUGGGAAUUGCUUUAUCUUUCCUUUGACUGUCUACUUACAUGUGACUUAUUUCAAUUAUUUGUUAUAUUGGAACAUAUGUUUUUUACCAUGUGCAAUAAAUGUAACUUUGAAAAUAUUGUUGACUUGAUAACGUAAUUUCACAACUUCUCUAGUUCUUGUGUGCAUACAGCAGUACAUACCGUUUUCAUGCAGCCAUUGGAGUGAAUGAACAGCAGGUUAAUUAUGCCUAUUUUCAGAUAUGGUAAAUUUGCCAAAUGAGCCCGGGUCAGUUGUAAUUUUCAUACUAGCCAUGAAAAUGAUUUGACUAUUAUCUCAGCAGGCUGUGACACCUCUUUACCUCUUUUAUCACCCUCAUUGCUAGUUUUCUACAGUGUAACCAGAACUCUGAAGAUGGGCUGCUGCAGCUGUCAGAGCUGCCACAGCUGUUUCUUUGAAUAUGAAACACCAAGAAUGAUUGUGGUGAAGAGCAAAGUAGUGGGAUCUGUCUUCAGAUUAAUCCAGUUUCUGAUCAUCUUUUAUGUGAUUGGGUAAGUUGGGGAUUCAAUUAUUUUGUUUCUUAUAUUAAAAAGCCAGUGUUCCACUACAUUUAGUCAGAGUGGAAGUGUGAAUUUAUCACUUUGUCUCUACACCUGUGUCCCCUUGUGUCCUGUUACACUAUAGCUAUGUCUGUGUGGUGCAGAAGUCCUACCAGGAAACAGACUCAGUGAUCAGUUCUGUCACAACCAAGGUGAAGGGCACAGGCUUCACCAACACCUCUGAUCUGGGCGCCCGUGUGUGGGACGUGGCUGAUUACAACAUCCCCCCUCAGGUACAGUGGUUGAAAAAGUACCCAGUUGUCAUACUUGAGUAAAAGUAAAGAUACCUUAAUAGAAAAUGACUCAAGUAAAAGUCUAAAAGUAUUUGGUUUUAAAUAUACCUAAGUAUCAAAAGUAAAAGUACAAAUCAUUUCAAAUUCCUUAUAUUAAGCAAACCAGAUGGCGCCAUAUUAUCGUUUUUUAAAUCUACGGAAAGCCAGGGGCAAACUCCAACACUUAAUUUACAAACUAAGCAUGUGUGUUUAGUGAGUCUGCCAGAUCAGAGACAGUAGGGAUGACCAGGGAUGUCUUGAUAAGUGUGUUAAUUGGACCCUUUUCCUGUCCUGCUAAGCAUUCAGUACUUUGGGGUGUCAGGGAAAAGGUAUGGAGUAAAAAGUACAUUAUUUUCUUUAGGAAUGUAUAAAUAGUAAAGUAAAGUACAGAUCCCCCCCCCCCCAAAAAAAAAAAAAAAAACUUAAGUAGUACUUUAAAGUAUUUUUACAUAAGUACUUUACACAACUGCUCGGGUAGCAUCCUAUACUCCAUACACUAUCUGCAGUGUAUCACUUUUUUGUUCGUUUGAGUUCAGAUUGUAUUGGUAACUGUUUUUGUAUAGAAAGAUAAUUUGUUUUUGGAAAAUGUGUUCUGUCUGGCAGGGUGAGAGUUCUUUCUUUGUGUUGACCAACAUGAUUGUCACCCCCAAUCAAACUCAAUCGAGCUGUCCAGAGGUAAGCUGUUGAUUUCUCAUUUAAAAGACAUUGAAAUGUGUAAGUCUAUAUUGUAAAAUGUGUAUUUAUUGUUUGAAUUAAACACUACUUAAAAUGUCCAGUGAAAUGUUAAGUUGGACUGUAUUUAUACUUAAAUAAUACAUUGACUUAGAAGAUAUGCUUUAUACAACCAUUAUUUCAAUGGUAAUCAAAAAGUAUUUGAAUGAUAGUGAAAUGCGAUCCUGUAUCUUCUUAAGCUCCCAAACCAAUCCACCAUUUGCAUGUCAAACAGUGACUGCUUAGAGGGAUCCAGUGAUGUUCGUGGAAACGGUAGGUCUUCUUGCCUUGCUGAUGAGUCCUUGUAAAAUUGUUAACAAGGGCAGCAACCAGCAGGGAGAUAGCUGAAACAUUCAUUCAGGGUUUCGUAAGAAAAUAAAUAUCUACUGCUCCAGAGAAAAUUAUCCUGAAAUUCAAUUAUAUUUUCAGAAUCAUCCUGCAACAUAUUUGAUUAACUAAACAGCAAUGUUUUCUAAUCCUAUUACUCUGUUAAAAGGUAUCCAGACAGGGCUAUGCAUGAACUACUCAGAGACUGUCAAUACAUGUGAAGUGCUAUCUUGGUGUCCUCUUGAAAUAGACACUAACUUACCUGAGUAAGUAAGAACAAAUUAUAAUAUGAUUCAUGAGGGUAUACUCAUGGGGCAAGGUAUUAUAAGUGUAAAGCAUGUUGUAUCAUAGACAGGCACUGCUGGCUGCAGCAGAGAACUUCACGGUGCUAAUCAAGAACAGUGUGACCUACCCCAAAUUCAACUUUCACAAGUGAGUCAUGUUUGUUUGUUUCACCUAAAUGAAACAUGAAAAGGAAUAAAGGCAGGACACCUGCUUGAGUUUUACUUUUUUCUGCAGAACACCUAAUAAUUUCUCUUUGGUCUCUUGCAGAAGAAACAUUUUGUCUGAUGUUAACUCUUCAUAUCUGAAGCAAUGUGAAUUCAAUCGCAUAACAGACCCUGACUGUCCCAUCUUCCGCCUCAAAGACAUGGUCUCUGAAGCUGAGGAGGACUUUCAGACCAUGGCUAUCAAGGUAUAACAUUUAACUGUACACUCUCCUCUUAGGUCACUUACAAGCCUUGAUUCUGCAUAAGCCCAUUCUAGAUAUUCCUGUAGUUAUUCUCAAUGCUGUGUUUGGUUUAUGUUGCAAUUGAAUGGGAGGGGGCUUUAAUCAUCCUUGUCCAUCAGGCCACAUUUUGGCAGUGGUGUCACUCAUUGGUAUAUCAAAUUACACAUUUAAAUAGAUGAAUUUGAAAUGAGUCUAUAUGGUUCUUAAGGGUGGUGUUCUUGGGAUUGUGAUUGACUGGAGCUGUGACCUGGACUGGCCUGAACAUUACUGUGGCCCUAAGUACUCCUUCCGCAGGCUAGACAACAAAAUUCCUGAAAACAACGUAGCCCCUGGAUACAACUUUAGGUGAGAUCAAUGAACCUGUGGACACAAUACUGUUAGAGAAUAAAUACAGCUUUUCAACAAGACUUAUUUCCACAGGUUUGCCAAGUACUACAAAACCACAGAUGGUAGGGAAACAAGAACAUUGAUCAAAGCAUAUGGAAUCCGGUUUGAUGUCAUUGUUUUUGGAACGGUGAGACUCAACAUAAAAAGCUAUCUAUUCUUCAACCACAGGAGUAGAAUACUUAAUUUUGACAAUGUAUGAGCUUUAUAUUCACAAGAUGGUAAAGGCAACAAUUGAUUGAGACCACCACAAUAAGGGUUUUAGUGUCAAAUGACAAAUAGGCCUACCUUGCUCUGCUGUUCUUUCUUUACAGGCAGGUAAAUUCAACAUGGUUCCGACCAUAGUGAAUGUAGGUGCAGCGCUUACGUUUCUGUCUUUGGUAAGUCCUGUUAACUGGGGCCAUCUCCAAACACUCAUUGUUUGUAAAGAAACAUUAAUUAUUAGUACCAUAAAGCACUUCUGAGAAAUGUUAGCCUGUUAAUACAGUGUAAUUUAAUUGUCAUUGUCAGUUUGAUAUAGUCAUGCAAGUGUGUACCCUUAGGUGGAUGCAGUUUGUAACUGGUUUCUCCUGACAUGCACAAAGAGAAGAGAUUACUACAGCAAACACAAAUUCACAUAUCUGGAUAACACUGAUGACGAUGCUGGUGAACCUGUGAGUUACUGACUCCUCAAACUCUUAUUCCCCUAUAUACAGUACCAAAGUAAACACCAGCAAUUAUCAGGGAAUACUUACAACAAUAAUUAUCACUAUUCUUUGCUUAACAACCUCAACUUGACUGUUAAUCAACUUUUUAAUUAUGCAGAUUUUACUUAAAUUAGUUGUAUAAAUCAUAUGUUAAUCUGCCAAAUUCUUAUUGGUCUGUACAGCUGGGAGAAACCACUUACGGGACCCAGUAGAUCCUGCACAGAGAAGUGGUCUGUUCACAUUGUGGGAGAAUGUUGAAUCCAUCUUCUUUUCUCCAGACCUCUACCUAUCUCCAAUCUCCAGCCCCUGCCCGCUAA